AUUUUUUUUUUCGAAAUGACCUCUGUAGUUCCAAUUUACAAUGAUCGAAUUCCAGCCCGAUUGGUGCUGUACUUCCUGUCAUGGUCCGGCUUUCUCGUUUCCUUUAUGAUGCGCAACGACAUCAACUUUGCUCUGGUUGCUAUGGUGCGUGAUUCCAGUAGCAACACUUCGGUCAACCAUCACUGUGCUCCCUCGUCGAUUCCAACGAUUGCCAACGGGCAUCCUACCGGGUUCAACCAGUCCCCGGCCUGGAACGAGUCCAGCUGGAAGCUAUCGGAGCUGGACGAGACAGAGCAAACGGGCGACACUCCUGAGGUGUACGGUGAAUUUGACUGGGAUUCCACUGUGCAAGCCGUGAUAAAAGGUUCGUUUUACUGGAGCUACGUCCUAUCGCAGGUGGUUGGAGGGGUGGCCACUCAGUAUUUCGGCACCAAAAAAGUAUUUGGAUGGAGUCAGUUUGUAACAGCUGCCUGCAGUUUAUGCAUUCCAUACGCUUCCGAUCUUCACUAUGGAGCGGUGAUCUUGUUACGAUCAAUUCAAGGCUUUGCCAGUGGGCUUACCUGGCCGGCCAUGUACGCCAUUGUUGGCUACUGGAUACCUCCCGUUGAACGGAGUAGGUUUAUGUCCAGUUUUCAAGGGUUUAGCAUCGGAAUUGGGUUAACCUAUCCGCUGUGCGGAUUCAUCAUUGCAUAUUUCGGUUGGCGUCUUGUUUUUUACACAACUGGUUCGAUCGGUAUGAUCUGGUGUGUGUUCUGGUAUUUGUUGGCCUUCAAUACUCCCCAGGAACAUCCCCGUAUCACUCAAGAAGAGCUCGAAUACAUCGAACUGAAUGUGAGCGAAGAUAUUAAAAAUGGACAAGGUAUGAAAGUACCCUGGAAAAAGAUUUUCACAUCCGUUCCCGUGUGGGCAAUCGGACUCACCACUUUCGGUCGUAUUUGGGUUCAUUACACCUUCAUCAUGUCCGGUCCAGAGUACAUGCAGAAAAUCCUCUGCUUCGAUAUCAAGGAAAACGGACUUCUCAGCGGCACACCAUUCCUGUGUUCAUACCUUUCGUCGGUUCUGUUCUGCUACGUAGCAGACAUUCUAAUGGACAAGCGACUCAUGACACUGACCAACGUCAGGAAGCUUUUCACAGCCCUGUCGCAGAUUGUUCCGGGUAUUUUGGUACUCAUGGUUGGUUACCUGGGAUACAACAUCGUUUUGGUGUUGAUUUUGUGGUUCGUGGCCGUCACUUUCAUAACGGCUUCGUAUGCCGGCGCAAUGGCAAACAUUGUGGACAUCGCCCCAAAUCUCGCUGGACCGGUAUUAGCUUUCGCACAAACCAUCCACAUGACGGCCUCAUUCCUGCAGCCCCUGGCCACCGGCAUUAUGGUUACUGAUGCGCAAAACAUCAACCAAUGGCAGCACGUGUUCGCUGUCAGUUCGAUCGUCGCCAUAAGCUGUUAUCUGAUAUUCCAGUUCUUCGGAACGGCUGAGAUCCAAAAGUGGAACUACCCGGUAACGGACGAACGCGCCGAGGUCACGUCAAACGAAGACGACGAGGAAGAUGAGGACGACGGCGAUGGCGAUUCGGCCAGGAUAGCCAAUCAGCCAAUGCUCAAGGUGAUAUCCGACGGACGUAUGGGCGGCCGGUUGGAGGAGAAAAGUGAUAAAUAAAAUACAAACAAGGUUUGAGGUAGCUAGUUGGAAAUUUGUGAAACUAUAACGCGUGUGAAUGUGUAAAAAAAAAUAACGAUUUGUUCGACGCGUAGCUUAUUGUAGAAAAGUAUAUAUUUUCUAAGGUUAACACUACAAUACGGGAAAGGUCGAUCUUAAACAAUGGUGCACAAAUUGAUAGUCAUUGAACUUUUGUAGAUAAAUUACAUUACCUAAAUUUGCAAAUCUGGUUCGAUUUGAGAGUUAAAGUGGUGCACUUACUAUAAGGACUGUUUAGACAUUAGUUCAGAUUCCCUAGAUUCUAACUUUUCGAUUUAAAAAAAAAACUAUACAAUGUGUAUGCUAGAGUGAAGGAACAAUAUCCACUUGAAAGUAAAAUACUUAACACACAAUAUAUAUACAUGAACAUAUAGGAGUUGAAAGUUACAACAAGAAAUGUGCCGUGUAUAUUUUAAAUUGUAAAACUGUUAUUGAAAGGUGGAAACCAAUAUACUAUAGAAAUAAUAAAUACGAGAGAACCGUUACUAUUACUUAAAUCAGAUUAUAAUUAGUACUUUUCCUUUGCCAGAAGGGAAUGCCACCUACCGAAGUUACAACACAACACAUAUAUGCAUCCAACGCCAUUAAGAAAAUGUAAAGAUCAAUUUGAAAAGUUCAUUAAAAUCGAAUUCCCAG